GUUUGCAUUAUAAGCCCUUCCGCCCUCGUUUUUAGUCGAGUUUGCGAGUGUACGAUUAUGUUCACUUCGAGGCCUGAAACUCCCCAUAAUUACAUGUACAUCCGUUAAGAAAAGUCUGCCAAAAAUUAAAACCUCAACAUCAAUAUAUGGAGUCAACAUACAAGUCGUGGCUGCUGGAUGCGCAUCGUGAAGUCAACAUGUCUUCAGAUGAUAAUAAUGGCCAGAGCCAAGCACCUUCUUUUGCUGGGGUCCCACCCUCAGGGAUGCCACCGCCUUUUAUGGGACCACCAGGAAUGCCGCCUCAUUAUCCACCAAUGGGAAUGCCACCCAUGGGACAGAGGCCUCCCAACAUGGCUCCCAUGCCACCUGGUAUGAUGCCACCUGGCAUGAUGCCACCAAUGGGAGGGCCACCCAUGGGACAGAUGCCAGGCAUGAUGCCACCUAUGAUGCCUGGGAUGAUGAUGCCACCUCGCAUGCCAGCUGCGACGAUGCAGCCAACAGGACCGCCUGGAGUGGACACAACUGUCAUCGCUAUGCCUGGAACAGUUGGUACCACAAAUGGCUCGCCACAGGAUGACCAACCAAAGAAUAAGUCUGUGUGGACAGAACAUAAGUCCCUGGAUGAGAAGACCUACUACUACAACACAGAGACCAAGCAGUCUUCCUGGGAAAAGCCAGACGACCUGAAAUCUCCUGCAGAACAAAUGCUGUCUAAAUGCCAAUGGAAGGAGUACAAAUCAGACAAUGGGAAGGCGUACUACUACAACUCCCACACUAAGGAGUCCCGGUGGACCAAACCCAAAGAGCUUGAAGAUCUGGAAGCCAUGAUAAAAGCUGAGGAGAAUGGGAUGGCGGAGGUGGGUGCUCCUGGCACUGUCAUCAUCACCCCCAACCAUCAGCUCGACAGCGUUGCUUCGAUGGCGACCAUGAUGAUGGAAAUGCCGGCCAUGAGGCCAGCUCCAACCGUCUCAGUGGAACAGAUGUCCCUGGUGCCCAUGCUUGUAGCUGAGGUCAACGCUGACUCGCCUGUCAACUCCACAGAGGACUUGGCCGGCAUGGAGGCCUCAGCCAGUAAUGACGCCUCAAAAGAGGAGAGGCCAGAGCUGGUGAAGAAAACGUACAAGUGGAACACGAAAGAAGAGGCCAAGCAGGCCUUCAAAGAGCUCCUGAAGGAGAAGGGCGUUUCAUCCAAUGCGUCUUGGGAACAAGCCAUGAAAAUGAUCAUCAAUGACCCACGCUACAGUGCUCUGCCGAAGUUAAGUGAGAAAAAGCAGGCCUUCAAUGCUUACAAGGUGCAGACGGAGAAAGAGGAGAAGGAGGAGACUAGGAUCAAGUACAAGGAAUCCAAGGAAAUGUAUCAGCGAUUUUUGGAAAACCACGAGAAAAUGACAUCUACAACCAGAUAUAAGAAAGCAGAGCAGAUGUUUGCGGAGCUCGAUGUGUGGAGCACCGUCCCAGAGAGGGACAGACUGGAGAUCUAUGAAGACGUCCUGUUCUACCUAGCCAAGAAGGAGAAGGAGCAAGCCAAGCAGCUGAGGAAGAGGAACUGGGAGGCUCUGAAGAACAUCCUGGACAACAUGGCCAACGUGACGUACCGCACCACCUGGUCCGAGGCCCAGCAGUACCUGCUGGACAACCCCACCUUCGCAGAGGACGAGGAGCUCCAGAACAUGGACAAAGAGGACGCUCUGAUCUGUUUCGAGGAGCACAUCCGAGCUCUGGAGAAGGAGGAGGAGGACGAGAAGCAGAAGACACUGCUGAGGGAGAGGAGGAGACAGCGCAAGAACAGAGAGUCCUUCCAGAAAUUCCUGGAUGAGCUCCAUGACAACGGUCAGCUCCACUCCAUGUCUGCGUGGAUGGAGAUGUACCCCACCGUCAGCUCAGACAUCCACUUCGCCAACAUGCUGGGCCAGCCAGUUUAUGGUGUCUAUUCCGCAGGCUCCACUCCCCUCGAUCUGUUCAAGUUCUACGUGGAAGACCUGAAGGCUCGCUACCACGACGAGAAGCGGAUCAUUAAGGAUAUCCUGAAGGACAAAAACUUCUUGGUGGAGGUAAACACUAGCUUUGAAGACUUUGGCACUGUGAUCAGCUCAGACAAGAGAGCCACAACGCUGGACGCAGGCAACAUCAAGCUAGCCUUCAACAGCUUGCUGGAGAAGGCAGAGGCUCGGGAGAGGGAGCGGGAGAAGGAGGAGGCCAGGAAGAUGAAGAGGAAAGAGGCUACCUUCAAGAGCAUGUUGAAGCAGGCUACCCCAGCCCUGGAACCAGAGGCAACCUGGGAAGAAGUCCGAGAAAGAUUCCUCAAAGAAUCUGCAUUCGAAGACGUGACUCUGGAGUCUGAGAGGAAAAGGAUAUUCAAAGACUUCAUGCAUGUCUUGGAGCACGAGUGCCAGCAUCAUCACUCCAAGACCAAGAAACACUCAAAGAAGUCCAAGAAGCACCACAGGAAGCGCUCCCGCUCUCGAUCGGGCUCAGAGUCUGAAGGCGAAGACGAUUAUCACACCAAGAAGAAGAAGCGCUCACAGUCCAAGUCCCCGUCCGAGCGCUCCUCCAGUGGGGAAUCUGAUAGAAGUUAUAAGAAGUCCAAGAAGCACAAGAAGAAGGGGAAGAAGAGGCGUCACAAGUCGCAAUCUCCUGAAUCCGAAGGCGAGCGGAAAGAGAAGGGAGGAAGAGAGAGGGACGGCAAGCGGGAGAAGGACCAGGAGAAAGAGAAAGAGAACGACAAGUCCCGGGGGAAGAGUCGCUCCGAAUCCAAGCAGAAGUCACCUAAAAGGAAAUCUACCAAGGAGGAGGGUGGCUGGGACACUUCAGGCAGCGAGCUGAGUGAAGGAGAGCUGGAGAAGAGGAGGAGGACUCUACUGGAACAGCUGGAUGCUCCUUGAUCCUGUUUUUCCUCAUGCUUCCUUUCAUCCACCAUAGAUUCCCCCCGGUGCUUAUUUUUCAGCGUAAUGCCACACAUGCUUGGACUUAAGGUUAUACAAUUCCGGUAACUUUCCCAAACUUCACAGGUUUUUCCAGAAAUCCCAGUUAGAAGAUUUGCUUAAUUCCUGCCAAUUUUUGUCUAAGUUACCAGAAUGUUUUCAACCCUUUUUGGACUGUGUGUGAACUAUUCCCCUUGUGUUUUGUAUAAUGGGAAUGAACCCGACACCCUGGCACUAGAAUGCUUGGUAAAUAUUUGCUCUGUUUUCUUACGUUAUUGGAAGUGGUCACAGGCUGAGUUGAGUGACUACUUUGAUAUCAGGUCAACUGUGUGGACAUUUAGUGACACACUUCAGAAAUGUGUUGCCUUUUUUAUAAUGUUUUCUCGCUAGCUAUUUUAUUUGUUUUGUAGUUGUUUGAUAUCGAAAUGGAUUCAAAGAGCAUCUUAAUGCCAUGCUCUUUACUGUGACUGCCUUGCAGUUCUCAGUACAAUUCUUAUCCGAGUCACAAAUGGCACUGUAUUUAUUCCCUUUAUAGUGCACUACUUUUGACUAGGGCCCUCAAAGUAAAAAAAUGUAUACAAAUUUAGUUUAGGAAAUCUGACAAAAUAUCCAGCAAAUAAAAAGAGAUGUGAUUGUGUCUCAGUGUAAUCAAGGUUUGAAAUUAUUUUCAAAUAAAAUAAAUACAUUUUUGUGCUUAGUUGUGCUCAAUUUGCAGUGUACAAAUUUUAAUGAUUUUCCGGACCUCCGACCAUCCGCUCCGACAAAAAAAUUGCCCCGCAGCUGAAUCUCGUUGCAUACCGCUGCUUUGGACUGAGGUAGAACUCUUUGGCAAAGGUCCACGUCUAGACUGAAGUAAAUGUCUCUCUGAAACAAGACUCUUUAAAAUACAUUUUUUAUGGUAUUUUUAGGAUUGGUUCGCUAGAUUUUCACGAGAGGAAUUGUGAAAGUCCUCGUUGCAUGAUCUAUAAAUGUAAUAAAAUACAGUUGACAUGAAUUUGUUUGUCUUCAUGUACCAUCACCAGCAGCCACCAUAGAUCGGAGCUCAUUAUUUUCUGUACAUAUGACCUCUCUGUUAUGAGUGCCUCUUGUUCACUAGGCUUAGUAGCCUUGUAUCCGUUUCCUGUGGAUCAUUGCAAUGCUAGGCAGGCUGAAGGUAAUAAUUGCUACUGUAAGAGGGAGUGCCCGAGACAACGUGGCUCAGGACAAUCUAGAUUAAGCUCCAAUAACAUCACCAGGGCUGUGGCACGGUUGCCGAAGACCGCCAGAAGUGGCAAAUCCAAACCUUUGUUGCUGCCCGAUGCCCCAAGCCCGCCAGACGGGCGAGUAAAGAUUUCCACAGUUUACAUACACGGAGAUGACAAGACCGACUUCUCCUGUUGUUUUCAUAUCAAUGAGCAUGCAUAGAAAACCAGAGUGAAUCUGAACAGCUGUCUGCCAAAAUGAAUUGAAAUAAAGAUGCACACG